AUGAAGCAGCUUCAACCGAGCUUCCGAUAACUAAUUUUAAGCAUGGCUGUCUAGCGUGCCUGUCACUCCUAUUGUCCUUCCAAACUCUUUCAGACAUUUUGAGCAAGGAGUAUUAAAGCCAUGAGUUAGCUGGGGUUGUGACAUGAAUGGUCCACGAAGGCUUUAGGCAGAAGAGGUAAUGAUGAUUGUCCGUGGCUAUUCGGAGGACUGCACUGGAUCUCUGUCAUUAAAAAUUAAGUGUGGCUUUUGAGGAAGAUGUGACAACUACACCGGAGGUCAUUCUGCCAUUCCUCAAGGACUUAUACAAUAAGGAAAGGAAUUUCUGGGUCAUCAUCCUCUAAGAUGUUCAUAUGGACCAGUGGCCGGACCUCUUCAUCUUACCGACACGAUGAGAAAAGAAAUAUCUACCAAAAAAUCAGGGACCAUGACCUCCUGGACAAAAGGAAAACAGUCACAGCACUUAAAGCUGGAGAAGACCGGGCCAUUCUCUUGGGACUAGCCAUGAUGGUUUGUUCCAUCAUGAUGUACUUUCUACUGGGAAUCACACUCCUACGCUCAUACAUGCAGAGUGUGUGGACUGAAGAGUCUCAAUGCACCUUGCUAAAUGUGUCCAUUACAGAAACCUUUAAUUGCUCCUUCAACUGUGGUCCAGACUGUUGGAAACUGUCUCAGUACCCUUGCCUCCAAGUAUAUGUGAACCUGACUUCCUCUGGGGAAAAACUCCUCCUCUACCACACUGAAGAGACAAUGAAAAUGAAUCAGAAGUGCUCCUACAUACCUAAGUGUGGAAAAAAUUUGGAAGAAUCCAUGUCCCUGGUGAAUAUCGUCAUGGAAAACUUCAGGAAGUAUCAACACUUCGCCUGCUAUUCUGACCCAGAAGGAAACCAGAAAACCGUCAUUCUAACCAAACUCUACAGUUCCAAUGUGCUGUUCCAUUCACUUUUUUGGCCAACAUGUAUGAUGGCUGGAGGCAUUGUGAUUGUUGCCAUGGUGAAACUUACACAGUACCUAUCUCUGCUUUGUGAGAGGAUCCAAAGGAUCAAUAGAUAAAAGAAAAAAAAUGGCUGAUAGUUUUCUUUAAAGCUCAAAUACUGUUUUCUUUCAUCCUUCACCAAAGAACCUUAAGUUUGUAAUGUGCAGUCCCUUAUGAGUUCCUUAUUACUUAAUAUACUAUACCGUAGAGCAAUAAUGGAAAUGCUGUUCUAUAUGCAAACAUGAUGUCAUUAUUAUUCAGGAAAAAAUAACUGUUUUGUGUUAGUUUGUUGUUUUCAUAAUAUUAUUUUGCGGCUGGAACUAGUAUGUUCUUCUCUCCUUCCACCAAAAUAGGGCUCAGUUAUUCAUUUGCCAAGCUUCUUGGAGGAAUGUAAAAAAUAUCUACAUGAUAAGGUCUGGAUUCUCAGUUAUCAGAUCUCUCAAAAACAAGAUUUUUCUUCAUUUGUUGUUUACCAAAGCUACAGCCAAAAAAUACAUUUUUCUUUUCUUCUACCUUGAGUCUGUAGCAAGUGAAGGGACCAGAUUUCCCAAUUAAAGAAUGCUAAAUAUCUUCCUUAUAUGUGUACUGUAUCACAGGAACAAAGAGAGGGAAGUUAACCAGCUGUAGAUUCAAAUUUUAACUGGCUUUUUAGAAAAGAAAAAAAAAGGUGUUUUCAUUAGCCAAUUCACUAAUCUUUUCCUGUGAUUUAAAUAGGCAAUGAAAGCCCUUUUUCCACUUAAGACCCUGCUACUGUGUGAAGAGCUGAUAUUGACAAGGUGUUUCAUUACUUAUGAACUGACUAGAUGUUGGUAAGUGUUCAAUUGUAAUCCAGGAAAGUCUAUGUUACUAAUACAUUUGUGUUAAAAUCUUUAUUCAAUUUCAACUAAACUACUAUAUGGUAAAAAUAAAUUGUUAUUACUCGAUAGUAGACUGGUGAACCCUUUCAGCUGGGUAUAUAUCUUGUGGGAAAUUAACAUGUUGGAAUUUUGGUCUUUGGGAAUUUACAUUUAAAUUAAUGAUUGAAUGUGUAACUUCUCCUUCGGACAAGUAGUCCCUGUUGGGAUUUUAAAGUUAUAUAUGCAGAAUAUUUGUCUCCUCUACAUGUUUUAUUUUUCUAAUUAUAAUUCCUUUUUUGUUGUUAUAUUUUAUAUGCAGAAUAGACUUUUUUCCUAACAUACAUUUGAACUGAAUAACAGAUUUAAAGGAAGCUUUUCUUCACAUUGCUAUUUACUUAUUAUAUUGGGAGGGGGAACAAGGGAUUUGUUUUAAAUAAAAACAUUCCAUCUUUUGUUUAGUGUCAAUAUCAAAAGACAAAGAAAAGCAUCUAUCUUUCUCAUCUAUAUUUAAGUAACUUUUUGUAAUGUAGUAACAAAGUUUUUUAGGUAUGCAAAAUUUUACAAAUCAUUUGUGGAAAGAGCAGUGAAACUAUUCUGAUAAAGUGGAAAUUAUUCUGCAAUAUUGUAAUUCAUAGUUUGACUUUUCAUAAGCAAAUAAAUCCCCAGGUUAUAAUCAUGACUUCAAAUGUGUAAUUUU